UAGCACUUUUCUAGACACCCAAAGACGCUUUCACACACUCUCACAUUCACACACUGCUAGUGAUGGUAAGCUACUUGUUGCCACAGCCGCCCUGGGGAGGUCUGACAGAGGCGAGGCUGCCAUUUGGCGCUGUCGGCCCCUCUGACCACCACUAACACAGGCAAGUUGGCCCAAGGACACCGCAGCAGGAUACCCCUGGCGGGAGCUGGAAUCAAACCCAUGACCCUCCGAUCAUGAGGCAACCCGCUGUACCACCUGAGCUGCUGCUGCCCCAAACAUCUCUGCUGUGAACUAAAUUUACUGAGGAUCUUCAUUCCUUUUGCAGUUCAUUUUCAAACUGGUAAUUCUUCUGAAGUUGGAAUUUCUGAGAGGAGAAAAUGAACGCACCAUUAGCUAUGUAAACAAAAACUAAACUAUCAAGCUAACAUUAUCUUAAACAUGUUGUCGUUCUUUUUUAAAACACAGAGACGGUUUUGUUACCUGUGAUUGAUGCUACAGUGUCGCCAGCAGCCGGCGACACUGUAGCAUCAAUCACAGGUAACAAAACCGUUUCUGUGUUUUAAAAAAGAACGACAACAUGGAAUUAGAAAUAACGCACAGCAACAACACACCUAAGAUUAUCUUAAACAGUUUAUUUAGCUGCUGGAGCAGAAUAAGAUGCCUCAUAUUCAGAUCGUUGUCGCUGGUUUCAUCAUCACCCAACAGCCUAUCGCAUUUAGUGAAGUGAAGCCAAACUUUAGAGCACAUUCACUUUCUUCUAGUUGGAAUUUCAGAGUUCCGAGGAGAAAGCGAAUGCACCAUUAGCUGAAUGGAAGCUAGCAUAUCAAGCUAGUGUUAUCUUAAUCAAUUUACUGAAGUACCGGAGCAGAUUAAGAGGAUGAUGAUGCCUCACAUAGAUCAUUGUUGCUGGUUUCAUCACAACCCAGUUACCCAACCCAUUUAGUGAGGUGCACCCAAAGUUCAGAACGCUUCCUCGCUGCCGUGCUGCUUUGUUUACAGCUCGCCCACAGUGACUGACGACUGGCACGCGGCACGAGUACCGAAGCAAGGCACCGUUUCAUACGACGUGAAUCUCUACUCAGUCGGACCUGAAUUUGGUCGGUGCCUUAAAAAGUGCCGAAUUCGGUACCCGUCCCUAAAUGUGUUUAAAUAUUUCAGAGACUUUUAACGUGGACAAAUUUGUCCUUCAUUCUCCUCCACCUCUUCAUGCGGUUGCCACCUCUAAACCCACGUUUUCCACGCUGGAUCCGUAUUUUGUACUCCUUCACUCACGAGUGAAUAAACGUUCAUAUUGUUGGACUUUUCCACAACGAGUUCUUCAAGUCUGCCACUAAAUAUCGUUUUACUUUAUAAUGGAGCAGCGGCGAUGCUGGGGACAAAUUCACAGGAAGCGGCAUCCUGACCAAUCAAAGGUCGCAAUCUCCGUCACUUUUGACGGAUAUUUGAAUAUUUGGCAUGGCGUUGCAUGUCUCCACACCAACGCAGAUGGAGAAGUAUAAAUCAGGCUUCAUGCUGCAGCCUCUGUGUGAGGUCAGGAGUAAAGCGCUACAGUGGGGUGUACACAUCUGACCCUAACCCUUGAUCGUCAUGAUUUUUCUGUAUAAAUUGCUGAUUGUUGCAAUAACAAAAUCUCAGUUUAAUAUAUCAUUGGAGUCUAACAGUGAGAAUUUUGACCUGCUAUAGAUGUAGACCAGAGGAGCCCAAUCCUGGUCCUGGAGGGCAGGUAUCCAGCAGGUUUAGUGGUUUCUCUGCUCCAACACACUUGAUUCAGUGGUUGAAUAACCUGUGCAACAGUUCGUCAGGCUCUACAGAAGCCUGUUAAUGACCUGCUGGUUGAAUUUAGGUGUGUUGAAAAAGGGUUAAAAGCUGGAUACCGGCCCUCCAGGACCAGGAUUGGGCACCCCUGAUGUAGACUAUAGAUGUCUAGAACAGAGGUUAAAGAUUUUAAAUGGUUUUGGUAAAAGAAGAGUAUCCUCAGCUCAGCUUUUCUACUUAGAGUCAUUCGUUAGUUUUAUUUUUAUUUACUGAAACUACCAUCAGCUCAACUAAUUGUCUCCUAAACAUCUUUGGUAUGGUCUUGCUGUGUCUAGUUUCUUACAGCAUAUUUGGUUCUUUUUAAAACACAGAAAAGUUUUUUUUACCUUGCUGACACAAAACUGUCAGCAAGGUAAAUAAAACCUUUCUGUGUUUUAAAAAGGACCAAAAAUGUAAUCGUCUCCUAGUUUUCCUGUCUCUGAGACCAAUGGAAAUACAACAAUGCACAAAUCAUGUGUUCAAACACAUAUAUACAAUCUGCACCUUCUGUUUCCUCUUAAUAGCUCUUAAUCUGCAAUUCUCAGAGGGAAUGACUGAUGUCAUCACGCCUGUUAGUCAGAGAGCCGAGUGGUCCCUCUAGUGUUCAGCUGAGACAUGUACAAGGCUGUGUGAACCCUAACCCACUUUUAAUGCCACAAAUAUUGUCACUUGUCUCUCAUCUCCCAGCAGCCACCCAAUAAACAGAUGGACGCAUCGGCGGAUUGAGACCUAUGAUAUCUCGCGGCACCCAACAGAAUCAUUUGUGGGGUUUAAAGCACUCAACUGAAUACUGUAAAGUAUCACCCAUUCUCUUCCCCCACCUCCUCCUCCUCCUUACUCACAUGGGGCACACAUGGAGUGACCCUUCAAUUGUUUCAAUGAAGCCAGAGCAGGAAAGAGAAGAACAACAGCCUGCUGCACCCCUGAGGCGUAAGUUCACAGGUGCUCAGAGGUGCCCUGAUUCGUUGUCAUUCAGCCCAGAGGUGACCUGAUUGGAGGCUGGAUACCAUGAGUUCCCUGAAAGCAUCCUGAUGAGAAGCAGCUGUGAAUGUCCUGUCAGCUGUCCCCAACCAGCCACCGCUUGUGUUGGUGCCUCGUGUGUUGUGCUCAGAGGGACCUACGGGUGAAUCCUAGGGAUAAACACUCUGAAGAAUCCGUAUUCAGCUCAACAGACUCAAGAGGAGUGGGUUAUAAACCAAGAGGAGACUCAGGCUCAACCAGAACAUCAUAUAAGAUCAUAGAUCCUCUCGGGUACUUCUCAGGAGCUGGGAUGUCAGUGCUGCUUCAUGCUAACUCCUCUUUCAACUCCAAACAGAAGCUCCUGGACUUGCAGGACUGCCUUCCAGAUGGGGGUAACUGUUUGGACAGUCCUGUGGACCCCCAGACAGGAAGCCCUGUGGGUUCUGGUCCAAGAAGCUCAAACAGGCCAGGAGCAGAGGACCCUAUUAGUCCCCAGAUUUCCACUAGAGCUACUCUGCUCCCCGGGCAGGUAUAUGGAGCAGACAUGCAGCCAUUUGCAGAGACUUACUUGGGGUUAACACAGGUCUCUAAUGACUCAGGUCAGCUGUGUGGUUGGGGGGUUCUGACGCCCAGAUUCAUCCAGAUUUUCAACACCCCAUGCUGGGUGCUGCUUUUCCUUUGCGUGGCCUCUUUUCUCCAGGGGAUGAUCAUCAAUGGUUUCAUCAACACAGUGGUGACCUCCAUUGAGCGACGCUUCAACCUUCGCAGCUAUGAAGCCGGACUCAUCGCCAGCUCCUAUGACAUUGCCGCUUGCAUCUGCCUGGCUUUCGUCAGCUACUUUGGUGGAACAGGACACAAGCCUCGCUGGCUGGGAUGGGGCAUACUCAUCAUGGCGCUGGGAUCUCUGGUGUUUGCCUUGCCUCAUUUCACGACACCCCCCUACCUGGUCAGUCUGUCUGAACAACUGGGAAUGUGCCCCACCAACCAAACCAGUCUGUGCAAGGAAAAGGAUGGGGGAGGGCUGUCCAGUUACCGUUUUGUGUUCAUGCUGGGUCAGUUCCUGCACGGCAUCGGCGCCACGCCUCUCUACACAUUAGGCGUCACGUACCUGGACGAGAAUGUCAGCUCAAACUACGGGCCUGUCUACAUAG